GGCUCACUCACGGCAUACCAGACUUGAGUACAGUGGCUAAGCCAGCAUAUACACAGACACACAAUUUAACUACGAGGAGACCGAACGGAGAUACAUUUACAAUUUAAAGGGUUAGAUUUGAGAGGCUGCAACUCAGGAUGGCUACAGAGACAGACUCUGUUUUUCUGUCCCCCAUCAAAACGUGCUUUCUUCUACUUUUGGGUGGUUUGAUGUCCAAAGCUGCGCAGGAGCAGCAGGGAAGUUUCUACAUGUGGAUUGAUGCCAACCAAGCGAGAGUCCUAAUUGGUUUUGAGGAGGAUAUCUUGAUCGUGUCAGAGGGAAAGAUGGCUCCAUUCACAACUGACUUCAGAAAGGCCCAGCAGAGGAUGCCUGCGAUACCUGUCAAUAUCCAGAACGUCAACUUCACCUGGCAAGCGACUGAACAGGCAGAGUACUUCUAUGAGUUCCAGACUCUGCGCUCCAUGGAUCUGGACAUCAUGGACAACCCCACGGUCAACGUUCCUCUCCUGGGCUCUGUACCACGUCGGCCCUCAGUGGUGCAGGUGGGCUUCCCGUGUUUAGGAGACCAGGAUGGCGUAGCAGCGUUUGAGGUCACCGAGUCACAAUCUUGUCAUGCCGCGGAACAUCAUCCUGAAACGUAA